GUUGGAAGCAAGACAAAUGGGUGCUUGCAUACUAUGCUUUAGCUAUUCUCACAAUGUUAUGGUCUACCACAACAAUGAUCCAAGCUCAAGUUUAUGUUAUCAGCGAGACGAUAGCACAGUGGUAUUUCUGCAAAGAUGAUUCCAGUUCCAAAAAGAGCAUAAGAAGAUCCAUCAGAAAUGCUUUCGGUCCAUCUUCAGGCACACUAUGUUUUUCUGGGUUGAUUGUCUGUGUUGUCCGUGUGGUGAGGGCCGUGGUAGACAAUGCAAGACAAGAGGCUCCUGGCAUUGUAAACCUCUCUCUUAAGUUCUGUGCAAACACCCUUCUGUCAACAGUUGACUUUCUAAACAAGUUCACAAUAAACUUUGCUGCCGUUACUGGCGAAUCCUAUUGCACUUCUGCCAAGAUGACAUAUGAACUUCUAGAACGUAACCUGCUGUCAGCAGUCGUUGUGGAGAUUGUCUCCACCCGUAUUCUUGCUGGAAUUUCUUUCGUCCUUUCUGCAAUAUAUGCGAUAGUGGUUUGUGCUGUAUUGAAAGCUGGAUUUCACAUAGGAGUAGAUGCAUACUUUGUUGCUGCCAUGGCAUGGGUUCUUCUGAUCGUGGUUCUCGGAUUAUUCAUCCAUGUGUUGGAUAAUGUAAUUGAUACUGUAUAUGUGUGCUACGCAAUAGAUAGAGACAUGGGAGAGACGAGUAAGCGGGAGGUCCAUCAUGUGUAUGAUCGCCUCCCAAUCAGUAGAAGUAGAUCACCUUAUGCUGCCCAAAAUCCUUCGGCUUCGACUGUAUAAACCAACCACAACCCCCUUUUAAAAUGGGUUUCUGUUGUAACUUUGAAUGUUGGGGGGUCAUGAAUUCAUGAUAUGAAUAAUUAUCUGCCGGAAAGUAAGUGUGUUAUUACGGACCGACUGCCCCUUGACUCCCUCCCUGAUGUAGGACAUGGACUUUUUCACGAAUAAGAGUAGACUAAGUAGUCGAACACGCUCAUUGUUUACGCACAGGUAGGUCUCCAUGUUUGGCAUCUCAUCAACUGUUGCACUUUUGCAUUACUUUAGUGAACACUGUUAUCAUGGAAAUUAUUUUAAAACUGCUUCAGCGCUUAAUUUGUGCUAGAAGGGUUCAAUGAUUUACACAGUUCAUUCUUUGUUA